AUGGCCGACUCUUUGUAUACUUGUUUCAAUUUUAACGACUUUUCCAACUUUUAUUUCACCAUCUUUAUCUUUGGAUUCUUCAAUGGUAUCGUCUAUCUACAAUCAUCGAAACUAAGAAACCAAUAUAGGAAAUAUUCUGUUUUCAAAAGAAUAUUCUGGUCACAUGAAUAUAAAUAUGAAGCAAUUGAACAGAAACAACAACAACAACAACAACAAGAUAAUAACAACGAUAAUGAAAACGAUAAUGAAAACGAUCAAAGAUAUCAAAAUGCAACAUCAUCAUCAUCAUAUUCAUAUUCAUCACUGAAUAAUAAUAAUAAUAAGAAUAAGAAUAAUAAAUAA